CCAUCAAACAACUACGUUACCCAGCAGUCCCAUCUUCGCACUUGCGCACUUCCAGCCAUGGCCCUGGACGUCGGAUGAGGAUGCACUGCACCCGGGCAGCAUCAGUACCAGAACAGUGAAAGGUUGGGUGUAUAUUCGUCGCUGAAGAGUAGAAAAGAACUCCCUUUGGACUAUUUUAACGCUGCCAUUGGCACCUUAAGCGUCCAGCAUGGGAGAGCACAAGGAGUCUCUGCGGAAGAUCAUCACCACUUUAGCUCUGAAGAAUGAUGAGAUCCAGAACUUCAUCUGCUGUCUCAAGCAAAGCCUGCAGAAUUUAGAGGCCAACUCCACACGCGUGCAGGAGGACCUAGAGUCGGAGUUUAGCUCCCUACAGUCAGUGCUUGAUGAGCUGAAGGAUGGGAUGGUUACCCGCAUCAAACAGGAGCGAGCCAGCCGCACAUAUGAACUACAGAAUCAGUUGAGUGCCUGCACUAAAGCUCUGGAGAGCUCAGAGGAACUGCUGGAGCUAGCCAAUCAGACAGUAUGCUCCUCGGAGACAGAUGGCUUCACACAGGCGGCCAAAGACAUUAAGGAUAGUGUGACAAUGGCACCUGCCUUUCGUUUGUCACUGAAGGCUAAAGUCAAUGAUAACAUGAACCACAUGAUGGUUGAUUUUACCCAAGAGAGGGAGAUGCUGCAGGCAAUCAAAUUUCUCCCAGUGCCUCCAACUCCAGAGAUCUUGGCCUCUGAGUGCCAGGUGUGUGACAACACCGUGGCGGUAAUGUGGGUCUUACCAGAGCCCGACUCCAAAAUCGACCACUACAUCCUGGAGCACCGGCGCACCAACCACGAGGGACCGCCACGUGCCCGAGAGGACUACCCCUGGAUGGUGGUAGAGGGCAUCCGUGAGACUGAGCACACUCUCACAGGGCUUCGCUUUGAUACCCGCUACAUGAACUUUCGCGUGAAGGCGUGUAACAAGGCGGUGGCUGGAGAGUUCUCUGAACCGGUCACGCUGGAAACACACGCCUUCACGUUUAAACUGGACGCAGGCUCUUGCCACCAGAACCUGCGGGUGGAGGACCUCAGUGUGGAGUGGGACAGCAGUGGAGGGAAGAUCCAGGAAAUGCGCAAGGACAAGAACCGAACCAACUCGCCCAUGCAUUCCCCCGCCAGAUCUGCUAUGAUGUCUCCAAAGAGAGCCCCUUCUGCUCGAGUGGGCAGAGACCGCUUCACUGCGGAGUCGUACACAGUGCUUGGUGACAGCAUGAUUGACGCGGGACAGCAGUACUGGGAGGUGAGCUUUGACAAGGAGAGCAAGGCGUUCGCGGCCGGCGUGGCCCUGCGGUCCCUGGGCCGCUUCGACCAGCUGGGCAAGAGCAACGCCUCCUGGUGCAUCCACCUCAACAACUGGCUGCAGCAGAGCCUGACGGCCAAGCACAACAACAAGGCGCGCGCGCUCGACUGCCCCAUCCCUGACCGCGUCGGCGUCUACUGCAACUACGAGGAGGGAACAUUGUCCUUUUACAACGCCAGAAGCAAGCUUCUCAUCCACACCUUUAGAACUAAGUUCCAGCAGCCUGUCAUUCCUGCUUUUAUGGUGUGGAAUGGCACUUUCACCGUGCACACAGGGCUGCAGGUUCCCAGCAUCGUACAGAGUGGCCAGAAGAGGAACAGUGGCACCAGCAGCUCCAACGCUAGCCUCACCUAGACCCCAAAGAAGCCUCCCCCGCGCCGCACUGCACCGCAGAACCCGUAACCGUGUCCCGGUCCAGAUCCUCAGCACCGGGCAGGCACCGGUCCAGGAGCACAAACUCUUCCCAGCACAUGUACCAUUCAGCAGCAGCAGCAACAGCAGCAGGCGAGGAGACUCCAGUCACUCCAUCUUCAACACCUUCACCUGCUCCACCUGUGGCUGGGGUUUUAGAGGGGUAGUGGAUGGGGCGUAGGGUAGUGAGAGUAGUGCAGUGGUAGUCUCGUUUCAUCCAGCGCAAUGAUCCUCUGUGCCUUUCAGCUCAAUAGAAUGGGCAUUGAGGCCUGCUCAUACGUAAUCAUAUGCUACAAAGAUAGGCGCUGUUGGGGUUUCAAAGAAAAUUGUAUUCAGAUGUAUGUAUGUUCAUGUGUGUGCAAAUGUAUGUAACAAAAGUCUGUGUGUGUGUGUGUGUGUGUGGUUGUGUGAGUUUGUGUGUAAGGCCAAAUAACUCAUUUUCAAUUUUACAACUGUGUUGAUCAACUGAAGUUAUGUUAACAUUUAAUUGGAAUUUGCACUACUUUUAAAUGCAACUGCAAAGCAUGUUAAUGUAACUUUGUUGUGUCGCACUGUCUGAACCUUCUCGUAGUAUAUAUAUAUAUAAUACACGCUGAAUGUUACGAAUCAUAAGCCUAUAACUGUACCAGCUGCUUUACACUACACUCCAGAACUGUUUUACUGUCAUAGAUAUCAUACCAGGGAGCACAGCUGUCUGCUUGUAUUUAUUUGAGUAGCGUUCAACCUUAAAACUGAAUGUAUUUAUUUCAAUAUUGCCAACACAAAUGCAAAGCAGAUGAGUCGGAGCAGGGCAGUAAGCAGGCAUUUUUUUUUUUAAGUAUAUUUUUUGGGCUUUUUUAUGCCUUUAAUUAGAUAGGAUAGUGGAGAUUGACAGGAAGUGAGUGGGAGAGAGUGUCA